AUGAUAUCAAUUAUAAUAAGAAAUAAUAGAAAUAUUUUAAAACCAUCAUCAGUUUUAUUGAGAGGUUAUUGUUCAAAAAAUAAUGGAUUAAGUACCGAAAUUAAUGAUUUACCAAUUUAUUAUCAUCGUGAUUUACAUUCAAAUAAAGAUAUCUAUUUAAUUGGUUCCAUUCAUGUCAGUAAAAAUUCAGCAUAUCAAGUACAAAAAUUUAUUCAAGAUAUUAAACCAGAUACAGUUGUUUUGGAACUAUGCGAAGAAAGAUACCAAAAGAUUAAAAAGGAUUUAUAUUCACAAGAUCUCAGUACCUAUGAAAAACAAGAAAUGCCUAAAAUUCCAUUUUUAGAAUCUCUUGGUGGGGGUUUUUUACCAGGAAACUUUUUGGAAAUGGCCAAAAGAUUUUAUAAAGGUAUUAGAAUGCUAGGUUUAACACCAGGUUUAGAAUUUUUAUUUGCAAUUAAAGAGGCUAAUAAAUUGGGUGCCAAUAUUGUAUUGGGUGAUACAAGCGGAAGAGAUACUAUUGCAAAGGUUACAGCUGCUAUGAAGAGUGAAAUUAUGCCAAAGCAAGAUAGUUAUGAGCUUGGAAAACUUAGUCAAUAUUUAGGCCCAAUCUUUGAAAAACUUUCAAAAGACAAUGUAACAGAAAAGGAACUCGAAGACGAAUUUAAAAAACUUUUAAAUAAUAAAACAUUAAAAGAAAUUAGAACCAUCUUUGAAAAAGAACUACCAUUCACCUACGAAGCCAUUCUUUUAGGUAGAGAAAGAAAUAUGGUUAGAUCAAUUAAACAAUCAAAAGGUAACACAAUUGUCACUGUUGCUGGUGCACUUCAUAUUGAUGGUAUCAAAGAAUUAUUAAACUUGCCACUCGAUAAAAUCCCAACACCUUUACCACCACCACCACAAUCCGCAAUCAACUCAAUGUUGUCUGGUCUCUUAUCUGGUGAUAUGAAUAGUUUAAAUAAUAAUAAUAAUAGCAAUAGUAAUAGUAAUAAUAAUAUUGGAAAUAUAAAUAAUUUAUUAAAUAAUGACAAUAUAAAAAAUAUGUUAAAUAAUGACAAUUUUAAAAACAUGUUAAAUAAUGACAACUUUAAAAAUAUGUUAAAUAACAACAAUAACUUUAACAACUUAUUAAAUAAUAACAAUAAUAGUAGUAAUAAUAAUGUUAGUAAUAUUAAAAAUUUAUUUGGUAAAUUUUUAAAACCAAAAGAUUAA